AUGUAUGUGGACCUCUGGGGUAAAGUUGGGCGUUUAGGUUUCCGCGUGAGGACUCAGAAGAUUUUGGAAGAUAGAGACACAUUAAGCUCUUGUAGUUUCCCCACUCAAGUGAUUGAUCCCUCCCUGCUAGCUCCAGAGCUACAGCGACCCAUAACAGUACUUGAUAAAGCUCUUCGUUCGCCUCCUUCUGAUUCAGGGACACCCUACCCACAAAGGAAUCCGUCCACGAACCCGCAUGUAUUCGAACUGAUGGACUCUGAAGACGGCCAACAGUUCAUCAAGCAUCUCGCCCACUUUGUGCGGACUCACGAGAAAGCUCUAGCAAAUGCUUUACAAUUACAGAGGCGGAAUCCCCGCCGAAGGGACUCAGCACCUGCCAUAACUGGUACAGGAAGCCACCCAUCGUCACCACUUAAUUCCACCUCAUCAUCAUCCGGCUCAGCUCUAGCGGCAGCCUUUUCUCUACCAUCACUGUCGUUCUCGCCGCAGUACAUCAAGCCCCAGAAACUGUCGCUCACACCCCAUCACCUCUACUACCUCUUGACACGAUUCGAAGAACUCAACAUUCCAGUUGGAUCUAUGGGUGUGCGUCUCGAGAAUAUCCACGCAGAGACUUCACCAGCAAACUAUGUCUCGUUUCUCAGAGAUUCGUCUGCUCAGUCCAAACGAAGAAACAUAUCUUCAGAUAGCUUGUCAAUUCACUCAGUGUCCAGCGUCAAGAGUGUCAUGACUGGGAUGAACUCCCUGUGGUCCUCUUUUGGACUCGGUACAUCAGCAGAGUUAAAGAGUGCGAGAGCAAAGGCAGCGCUUGAAGCAGAUUUGAAGUAUCUAUAUUCAGCUUUUACUAAAAUCCCAUGCCUUAGGCUAGCUCCUGAUAGGAAGUCACGAUUGAUCGAGGGCUUCGAGGAGUUUCCUUUCGACACCGCAGUUCCCUUGUUGGCUUUCAAAAACGUCAGUGCAUUGGAGAUUUGCGAUAUCGAUAUCCGCCAGUUCUUUGGAUGGGAUCAAUUGGCUGAGAGAGUACGGAGCUUGACGGUCAAAAGAGGUGGCAUUGAGGACCCCGCAGAGCUCAUCAUUGCUAUUGUUCUGGAUGAUAUGGAUAAACGACGAUCAAGGUCUGCAAAGUCACAAUCCUCGCCAAUCAUGCCGUAUCCUGUAUCGGUUGUCCCAACGGAAGCCCAGUCUUCAUCGGCACUUCCUUCGACACCUCCUUCGCCUACAACUUAUCAUCCGGUGCUGAUUGGCGGAAGCGCGCCCACAGGCCAUUAUCAUGCGAUGUCCAGAGAUCCUUCGAACACUUCACGAGACAGCUCGAAAACACGGCCACGGAGUUACUCCCCGUCUCGGCCGGCCAGCUCUAGGAACAGUUCAGCGGCGGGUACUCACCACCGCUCACAUCGGAUGCGAAGAUCGGAAUCUGGAAGUAGUCAUUCCUCUUCGACAUCUACCGUUCUUCCUGGGUCACCUCGUGGUACUAGUCCGCCUACCGUUGUUCCUGGGUCACCUCGUGGUACUAGCCCGCCUAAAGUUGUUCCUGGGUCACCUCGUGGUACUAGCCCGGCAAAGGAGGAUCCUAUGGCGAAGAAAUGGAGGUUCUUGAGGCAUUUGUCAUUGGCGGAUAACAGCUUGACAUCCAUCUCCUCUUUCGCAUUAAUUCCAUUGGCAAAUUCGUUAUCGUCACUUGACCUUUCCUCCAAUCUUUUCACAUCCAUUCCAGAGACUUUAUCCACGCUUUCAAACUUGCGAGCUUUAAAUCUAUCUAACAAUAUGAUCGACUCACUUCACUCGUUGACUCGCAACCCCCUCCCCGCCAUAACCGCGCUAAAUCUUCGUGGCAACCGCCUAGCGUCGAUUGCGGGCAUAGAGCGGCUGCUAUCAUUGGAACGUCUGGAUUUACGGGAAAAUAAGCUUGCAGACCCCACUGAGUUGGCUCGGUUAACGGGCGUACCGAACAUGGCAGAGAUUUGGGUUGCGGCAAACCCUUUUACGAAGACUCACCCCUCGUACCGAUUGAUGAUAUUCAACCUUUUCAGGAGCACACCGGGUUAUACGGAUGAUAUUACGCUAGACUCUCAAGGGCCUGGGAUGGUCGAAAAGCGGAGUUUGGUCGAGAGAGCGGCAGAGCUACCCAGCGUGCCGGUGGUGAGGAUGCCUCAACCACAAAGCGUAGUCGUCAACACAGUUGCAGCGAUCGAUCCCAAGAAGAAGGAAAAGCAAGAAAGUGAAAAGUCGAUCAAGAUGGUUACCAGCACUAGUGAUGUGGCCAGGGCAAAGAAGAAGCCUGGAAGAAGGAGAGUGGUUGAGCUUGGUCGCGAGGACAGUAGCUUAUCAAUUAGCGAGCAUAGAUUAACAAAGUCACCUCAACCACCUUCCGUGCACUCAUCGAUCAGCUCAAAGGUAUCAACAGCACCUAAAGAUAUUCCACACCAUCAUGAUGAAUCAUCCUCCGGGGCUGAAUCAUCCCCUCAACAGCAUGCAUCUUCAUCCCCUAGAGAGAAUAUUGACUGGGAGAUGAGGGGAGAUGAAUACCGGCGUAAAGUCGAGGCUUUGAAGAUGGAUGUUGGGAGUGGUUGGUUGAGUGUAUUGAGCGAGGAGGGUAUGUCAUUGGCCACGUCGAGAAAGUCGACGCCCGGGGCAACGAAUACCAGCCCUGUAGCUCAGUGGAAGAGACCUGGUUAA